GAGCUAAGGACAUGCUGUUUCUCCUUAUCAUCCUGUCUUUCUGGGGUCCAGCUGUAUUUACUUCAGCCCAGAAUUUGCCUUUGUUCAGCACCCCACGAAAAACAGUUUCCCUGAGCAGAAAUGGAGGAUACAUUUUUCAGGAGGAAGGAGUGAGGAACUACUCUGCCAUGCUUUUCAUGGAAGACAUGGGUGUGCUCAUCCUCGGGGCUCGAGAGACCAUCCUUGCCCUGGACCUCGCUAACAUUACCCACAAGAAGGAUAUGAUAAAGUGGGAGGUGACUCCAGAUAAGUGGAAUACUUGUUUACACAAAGGGAGAAAUUUGCAGACUGAGUGUUGGAACUACAUUCGGGCCAUUCAUAGGUGGAAAGAUGGAAGGAUGUAUGUGUGCGGUACCAAUGCUUUCAGUCCAGCCUGUAAACAUUUGCCUGUGCUGUGUUCUGUCUUCCAGUCUUAUACAAAUGGCGAGCUUACUCUGGAAAAUAAAACACUUAAUGGUUAUGGAAAGUGCCCAUUUGAUCCCUUCCAGAGAUAUGUCUAUGAAUUUUUUGAUGAUGAGCUGUACUCUGCAACGUCUAUGGAUUUUCUGGGCAGAGACAUGGCUAUAAUGCGACAUCCUGACAGAAUACGCACAGUUGACUCAGAUUCCUGGUUUAAUGAUCCCACGUUCAUUGGCAUAAAGAAUGUGACUAAAGGAAUGGAAAAUCCAGAUGGGGAUGAUGAUGAGAUUUACCUCUUCUUUAGUGAAACAGCUGUGGAGUACGACUCCUACGUUAAGUUGGAUGUGUCAAGGGUUGCCCGUGUCUGUAAGAGGGAUGUGGGAGGAGUGAUGCCAAUGCAUAAGAGGUGGACAUCAUUCCUAAAGGCUCAACUGGACUGUCCUGUCCUUCAAACCAAAUUGCCUUUAAUUAUAAAAGAUGUAUUCCUCUUCUGCCCAGGCAACUGGACUACUUGUGUGUUCUACGGAGUCUUUACUUCUCAGUCGGACAUGUUGCAGUUCUCUGCACUGUGCACCUACAGGAUAAACGACAUCCGGAAAGUGUAUUCUGAAGGCAAAUUUAAAACUCUGCACAUAGACGGUAAUUUUUCAAAAUGGAUGACAUACCUUGGAGAGUUGCCUGAUCCCCGUCCCGGAGCUUGUAUUAACGAUGAUGCAAGGCAGAAAGGGAUUUUUAGGUCUAAUUAUCUGCCUGAUGAAACCCUUUUGUUUAUCAGAGACAAUCCACUAAUGGAUCAGGCAGUGAAGCCAUCUUAUAAACAGCCCCUACUGUUAAAGAAAGGAGCUGCGUUUACAAGUAUAGUAGUGGCCAACACUACUGCAUUGGAUGGGACCAGCCACCAGGUCAUGUUUAUUGGCACAGCAAGUGGUUCAGUGCUGAAAGCAGUCAACUAUGAUAGGAAGAUGGUCAUAAUAGAGGAGGUGCAGCUCUUUAACCAUAAUGAGCCAGUGAAGAUACUGCGCCUGUCCACCGCCAUGGGUCUGCUGUAUGCUGGUUCAGAGGAGGCUGUAGCACAGAUGCCGUUUUGUGCGUGUAGCAAGUACACUUCCUGUACUGACUGUGUGCUGGCCAGAGACCCCUACUGUGGCUGGGACCUUGUCUCUAAAAGCUGCAUUGCUAUAAGCAACAUUCAUUCUGAUGAACACAGGGAGGUGGUUCAGGGUCUGAAAGAUGCUACACGUUGUCCUGCAGUCGAGAACACCAAGAUUAUUAAGAUCUUCUACCCGGGUCAAAUGGUCAGUCUGCCAUGCCAGCUGGAAUCAAACCUGUCCCGAGUGCAGUGGCGUGUAAAUGAUCAACCAAUUGAAAAUGACAAAAAGUACAACUUCCAACAUGGCAGCUUGCUCAUCCUCAAUGUCUCAGACACUGACAAGGGUAACUACAAAUGCAUCUGUGUAGAGUCCUUCAAUGGUCAAGACUACGUCAUCCAAACUACUACGUAUGAGCUGAGGCUGGAAGAGUUUGUGGAUCCCCAAACCCAGCAGGCUUUAGUGGAAAUGCAGGACACUCUCUUGCCCCUGGUCAUAAUUCUAGCUCUGAUAUUACUGGCCAUUAUUACAUGGAACUUUUACAAAGGGCAUUAUAGUGUCCCAAGAUGGUUCAAGAAAAAUAUCACUCAGUGGUCACUGCAUAUAAGAGACCAAAUUAAGGAACCAUCAGUAGCAUUUAACAGCAAUGACAACAGAAUAAGUGGAUUACCCAGCGCUGAAGACCAGGAUAACGACGACAUAGUGUACUUCUCCUUCUUCUAAGUUUGUUAUUUAUUUACCAUAUCUUACCUCAAUCCAUAUCCUUGUUGAAAUUGGUCUACUAAGAAUGGACAUCUUUGUUUCCACUCAUUAAAGUCAUUUAUCUACA